AUGAUGAACAGAAUGGCCCCACAGAAUCCCCAGCAAGACCCUUCCAUCAACAGGAAUGAUUCCAGCAUUAAGGUGAUAUCACCACAGGAUCCUGCUAGUCCAGGUUUCAUUCUGUCAUCCAAGCAUGAGUGUGGUGGAGCAGUCUCAGCUCACUGCAGCCUCAACCUCCCAGGCUCAAGUGAUCCUCCCACCUCAGCCUCCCAAGCAACUAGGACUACAGCAACAUGGAGAAGGCAUCAAGAACGUACUUCAUUCACCCACGAACAGUAUGAAGAGCUAGAAGCUCUGUUUAGCGAGACCAUGUUCCCAGAUAGAAAUCUUCAGGAGAAACUAGCUUUGAAACUCGACCUACCGCAGUCAACAAUAAAGGUUUGGUUCAGGAACCGGCGAUUCAAACAGAAAAAGCAGCAGCAGCAGCAACAACAACAACAACAGCAGCAGCAGCAGCAGCAGCAGCAGCAGCAAUCAGCAAUGCUACCAAACCAGAUCCUUCGAUCCAAAAAGGAUGUGCCCACCUUCCUGAGAACACCCAUCAUUUCUUAUGCUUUUUCUCCUGUGGUUUCAGAUUUCUACAGCUCCCUUCCACCUCAGCCCUUAGGCCCUUCCAAUUGGGCAUGGAACUCUACCUUCACUGAGAGUCCCACAAGUGAUUUCCAAAUGCAAGAUACUCAGUGGGAGAAGCUGGUAGCCUCAGUUCCUGCUUUGUACUCUGAUGCCUAUGACAUAUCCCAAGUCAUAGAACUGUAUGAUCUUCCUGAUGAGAAUGAGAUACCCAGCUCCUCUUUCCACUGUCUGUAUCAGUAUCUCUCACCCACAAAGCACCAGGUAGGAGGACAGGGUUCCUCUCUCAGCAUCUUUGCUGGUCCAGCUGUAGGCCUAUCUCCCAUACAAACCUGGCCCAGUAUGACAAGCCAAGGCUUUGAAGCCUACAGUCUAACAGACAGCCUAGAAUUCUAGAAAACCUCCAAUAUGCUAGCUGAUCCAAUAUGCUAUGCUAACUAAUAAAUAUGGACC